AUGACUGGUUGGGCUGACUAUCUUGACGAGUUGGACUUGUUAAAGUCUCGUCGUGCCAUCCGCGAUCUGGUAUCAUUCACUCAACUUCCUACUGCCAAAGAACCUGUGCUUCAAGAACUCGAAAAUUGGGUGUGGCACUACAUCACAUGGAUUCAUGACAGCUAUGUUACCAAGGCCCCAUAUUUGGUUCGACGUAUGAUUCUUCAUUGUCCAAUUGAUGAAUCCAAUGGGGAAGCAUUCCGACCUCUCCCCAAGCAUCAAUGUGAUCGUGGUGGUACCCUUUACCGCUAUAGUCAAAUGAUGACUCGCUUUCUGGCAACAAUCAUGCGUUCUAUUGAUAAUUGCCAUCCCUGCAAAUACCAAUUCCCUCUGCUGGAAACACAAGUCGACUUGAUCACAGCACUUCAUGAUAGUCUUAGGGAUAACAAGACCAGCUUGUCAGCAUUUCACACUAUAUGGUAUUUCCUCAUUGGCGAGCCCUUUGCUUUCACUGAGGUGGACAAGUGGAAAUGUCCUGUACUUUGCUGGCUUGCCUUGGCAAGUGUUCGUGAAGAUGGUCGCUUUAUAGAUGCCAAUGAAUACACACCUCUUCUGGCCGAAUGGGAAUACCUAAUGCGAAUCACCCAUCUAACACAAGCCUAUCGCAACUUUGAAGCUGAAUGUCAAACAACUGAUAUUCGUCCUAACUUUAUCACUAUAUGCUCAGUCCAAUUCUCCCAGUUCCUUAAGGAAGGUGUCAACUCUCCCUAUAAUUCAGUUCGCGAACAUCAGCAUUUUGCAUCUUCCAUUGCCAAAAACACAGCAGCAGCUCCUCGUAUUACAUGGUCAUCCGACAUGACUGAACUGGCAUGUGAUGGUAAUAACCUUCAACUCUCACGCCUUCGCUUUGGCUUAAAUGCCAUCGCCCUUGACAUUGAAACGCGUAUCAACAAACUCAUGAAUGGCCAUACCAUUCCAAUCAAUGUUUCAGACAGUCUAACUGAGAACAUGAGCAAUCGUGAUCUAGGCUAUGGAUGGAUGGAGUUGCCCAACUUGCUUGCCAAAUCUUUUCCUUUGCUAGAAAUCCUUCAAGAUCAUCCUCACUUCAAGAUAUGUGAGGUAGAACAUAAUGGCAAGCUGCAUUGGAUCCAUCGUGGAAUCAUGGCUGUUUUAUCCGAAUUCACCAUUAUCAAUGAAGAGUUGGCCAUCUUGUGUCAUAUGCUUCCAGCACCUCCUCCUCGCGGUACUGAAUUGGUUGAAACUCGUAUUCGCAAUGGUCAAAUUCCUCGUAACCUCUACAAGGAUCGUGGCACAUGGUUGGUUCACAUUCAUGUCAAAACCACCAAUAUCACUGGCAACCUUUCAUUUGUACCGACACUUUGUCCUCCUCGCCUUGCCAAGUUAUUGGAUUGGUAUAUCUUAAUUGCUCGACCACUGGAAACCUUACUUGCUGCUCAGGUUUAUGACUCAGAAUCCACACCACUCUAUCAUGAAUUCCUGUUCUGUCAGCAUGGUCAUGUUCUCACCUCUCGUCAGUUUUCUGUUCUAAUGGAACAGUAUACUGCUCGCUUUAUGGGUAUUUCGCUUAAUCUACGCACUUGGCGACAUAUGGCUAUUUCCAUACAACGGGAAUACAUUGGUGAACAAGACACCAUUGUCAACAAUCUUGGAGAUCUUCUUGCCAAUCAUAGCACUAGUCAAGCACGCCGCACCUAUGCUCGUGAAGUAGGGUCUUUGCCUUUCCUUACCACAGAUGCCAUGCUGGAAAGUCGUGACAUAUGUGACUCCUGGCAUGAUGUACUUGGAUGGGGAUCCAAUUUGCCUCCAAUUCCUCAUCGUCUUCUUCAUCGAUUAAGGACAUCCUCCACCACUAUGGAUCCAACAACCUUUUGUACUAGUGAUUUCAAGGAAGAAAUUAAAGGCAUGGUUAAUGGAGCAGUUACAAUUGGGAUGGGGAACCUAAAGCAUCAGCUUGAAGACAUGUUAGCAAAUGCCUUUGCUAAAGGAUUUGCUAGUCAUUUUAUGAUUCAAGGUAACAAUGGCCUUUCCAUGCCUUCCCCUAUCAAUAACAACAAUCACAUAUUGGAUCAUCAAUUGCAGACUCAUGCCCCACAAGCUAUCCAGCCUCAACAUCCUGCACAACUCAUUCAUGUUUCCAAUGCCAUUUCCACCAUUCUAUCUCCACCACCAGCAAAUCUUUCUCAGGCAUCCCUUGAAUACGCCACUCAAGUUCAGCCAGCAAUGGCCACCACAAUCACCCAUACCCUUGCCAGUAACACUCCUAACUACUUUCUUGACGAUAAACUCUUCUAUACCCAUCUUGGAGAACAUCUCAAGCUUGCUACUCCUCAACCAGACCAGAUGUUACGUCUUCUCAAGUGGGCUCGUCAGGAUUCAAAGGCUAUAUUCAAGUCAGAGGCACAAAUGCAAAUGCUUUUCUACAUCAUCAAGCGGGACUGUAACCUAAUGGUUGUUUUGCCCACUGGUGGUGGUAAAAGUCUAGCCUGGGAAGUGCCUGGCAAGAUGGCAGAGCCAAAGCUUAUCACCAUCAUCAUGAUUCCCUUUCUACCAUUGAUUGAUGAUCAACUUCGACGUAGUGCUGCAUCCAGAAUUGUGGCAGCCAAGUGGAAUUCAGCUGCUCCACCCACAAAUCCCAAACUACGCUUGCUUUUUGCCUCAUAUGAAUCACUGGCAACCAGUACCUUUAUUGGGUAUGUCUGUUAUAAUUUGGACUCAGAUUUAACUUAA